AUGGUAAAACUAGACGAUGUGAGCAGCAGCCUGCUGCAGAAGCCGUUCAGCGAUGCAAGCGAUGAUGAGGUUCCACUAGAGAGAAGGCAGUCGAGCUAUAAAUCGCUCAAGACGUUCAUAUUGGACAAGGACAAGCAAUAUCAACAGCAAUAUGGGGAUAUGUACUUUCUCAGGCUCACCAAGAUCAAGCCAGCCGUGGAACAGAUAGCAUCCGCCGCAUUUGGCGACCUGGUGAUUGGGGGUGAGCCGGCCAAACAGGUGCCUCGUGUGCUUGACGUCAGGCAAGGAGAGCUCUGCUGGGUAGCGGGCACCGUAUAUAUGGACAUGCCACUCAAGCCUAGCAUUCUGGAAGACGUAGCCAAGGAUCGUUGGAUAUCCGCACCCACUUCAGUUCACAAAUACUUCUCAGAAGAUGGUCGAGACUCGAUUCUUCUAGAGGACGAUUCAGGACGCGUGCGUUUGGUCGGGGAUAUACUCAAGUCUGUUGUAUUAGUCACGGGCUGCAUCAUUGCAGUGAUGGGCACGGAGAACGCAAGUGGCGAGUUCGAGGUUAUUGACCUCAAAUUCCCCGACCUCGCACCUCAGCCAGAACGAUGGUCCCUCUCAAAACCGGCAGACGAGGACGUCGAGAUGGGCAACGGUAGCCCCUCCAGUAACCGAGGCAAGACUGCCAUAGUAUCAGGCCUCAACUUUUCGAGUACGGAUACUUCUUAUGCCAUGGAGCUGAACCUUCUUCUGGAGUACCUUCUUGGCGAUGCACUCGACCCUGUCGUCCAAAAGGAUAUAUCGCAGAUUAGCCGUCUCAUUGUGGCAGGCGACUCGAUCUCACCAGAUAGCGGCAAGAAUGCAGCCGAGGAGGAAGUGCCAGGGAAGAAGGUACACAAGAAGUACGGCUACGACGCCAGCUCAUACAACCCGAUCCCUUCGCAGCUCCUUGACGAGUUCCUCUCGGAGCUACUGCCAACGAUACCCGUUACCUUCCUCCCCGGAGCCCAUGAUCCCGCCAACGCCAGCUAUCCCCAGCAGCCCAUUCACCCGGCCAUGUUCACGAAAUCGAGAACGUAUAGCGCCCUUCCCGGGCCGACUGCUGAGCCAGGUUGGUUCGACACUGUGACGAACCCUUGGGAGGGCGAGGUCGAAGGUUGGAGGGUGUUAGGCACGAGCGGACAGAACGUCGAUGAUGUUUUCAAGUAUGUCGAUAGCGACGACCGACUUGGCAUGAUGGAGGCCAUGUGCCGUUGGAGGUGCUCGGCGCCGACGGCACCUGAUACGCUCUGGAGUUACCCUUUCCAGGACGAUGACCCCUUUGUGAUGAAUCAAUGUCCCCAUCUUUAUUUUGUCGGUAAUCAACCCGAGUUUGGAACCAAAACCAUCACUGGACCGGAAGGUCAGGAAGUGCGUCUGAUUGCCGUGCCGGCAUUUUCAGCAUCCCGCGAGCUUGUAUUGGUGGACAAUGAAACUCUGGACGUUACAAGGGUCAAAAUAUCGGCUACUUGA